CGGUGGCAGCAGCGGCGCGGCGGCAGCGGGAGAUGGCCGGCCCGCAGCAGGCCCCGCACCUCCACCUGGCCGAGCUCACCGCCUCCCAGUUCCUCGACGUCUGGCGACACUUCGACGCAGACGGAAAUGGCUACAUUGAAGGCAAAGAACUGGAAAACUUCUUCCAGGAGCUGGAAAGUGCAAGGAAGGGGACGUGUGUGGACUCAAAGAACGACAACUUAGGUGACAAAGUGAAGGAGUUCAUGCACAAAUACGACAGAAAUACUGACGGCAAAAUCGAGAUGGCAGAGCUGGCCCAGAUCCUGCCCACGGAGGAAAACUUCCUGCUGUGUUUCCGCCAGCACGUGGGCUCCAGCUUGGAGUUCAUGGAGGCUUGGCGCAGGUACGACACAGACCGCAGCGGCUACAUCGAAGCCAACGAGCUCAAGGGCUUCCUGUCGGACCUGCUGAAGAAGGCCAAUCGCCCCUACGACGAGCCCAAGCUGCAGGAGUACACACAGACCAUUCUGCGGAUGUUCGACACGAACGGUGACGGGAAGCUGGGCCUCUCUGAGAUGUCACGACUUCUGCCUGUGCAAGAAAACUUCCUUCUGAAGUUUCAGGGGGUGAAGCUGUCCUCGGAGGAGUUCAAUGCCAUCUUUGCCUUCUAUGACAAGGAUGGAAGCGGCUUCAUUGAUGAGAACGAGCUGGAUGCACUUCUGAAAGACCUGUAUGAGAAGAAUAAGAAAGAGAUGAGCAUCCAGCAGCUCACCAACUACAGGAAGAGCAUCAUGAACCUGUCCGAUGCAGGAAAGCUCUACCGCAAGGAGCUGGAGAUCGUGCUUUGCAGCGAGCCCCCUGUGUAGGACCAUGUAGGAGCAUCCCACCCUACCCCACGUGCUUCCUCCUCCCCACAACCAAGCACAACAGGGGAGCGCCCAUCAC